AAGUUAGCUUUCUUUACUCUUUUCCAUCAUUGUCAAAAAAAAAACACCUUUAUAAUGGGCCACACAGAAGAAAAAGCCCACUAGCUUUAACACAAACAUCAAUCAUUGUAAGUGGGCUUUAACUCAAUUAUACUUCCGGCAAAAGCGUCGUCGUUUCAGCCAAAAUCAAAACACAAUUCACAAGCCAAAAAAAAAACAGAAUCUCUGGACAGUUAUGUUCUUGUUUGCUUCAUGUAGAUCCAUUGCUUCUCGCUCUCACACCAUCAUCAAGCGUUCUUACACCAACCUCUCGAUUAAACACCUUAGCUCUCUUCUGCGCAAGAAUGAAUCAGAUCCUAGAAUCAUCCACCAGCUCCAUUCUCACUUCAUCACUGCUGGGCUUCUUCUCCUUCAUCAGGAACAAAACUCUAAGAAACUUCUCCUAUUCAAUCCUCUGCUUCGAUGCUAUUCUCUUGGCGAAACACCUCUUCGUGCUUACUUCCUCUACGACCAGCUCCAACAGCUUCACUUCCUGUCUGAUCACGAACAGAGACUGCCUCCUUUUGAUAGUUACACUUAUCUCUUUCUCAUCAAAGCGACUUCGAAUACACUACUGGGUAUUGGACUACAUGGGUUGACGCUAAAACUGGGCUUUGAGUUUAAUGUCUAUGUUCAGACAGCUUUGGUCGGAAUGUAUAUUGGUGCCGGAAACAGAGUCGAUGCUUACAAAGUGUUCGACGAAAUGCCUGAGAGAAGCCCUGUGACUUGGAAUGUGAUGAUCACUGACUUGACUAAUUUGGGAGAGUUCGAGAAAGCUCUUUCCCUCUUGGAGAAGAUGCCUAAUCGGAAUGUAGUGUCGUGGACAACUCUCAUCGAUGGCUAUGCACGAGUGAAUAAGCCCAAGGAAGCUAUACUCUUGUUCAGGAGAAUGGCUUGCGACGCAAUCAAGCCGAACGAGAUCACCAUCCUCACGAUUCUUCCAGCUGUUUGGAGCUUUGGAGAUCUAAGAAUGUGCGGAUCGGUCCAUGGUUACGCUGUGAAAAGAGCGUUUGUUCCACAAGACAUCCGUGUGACAAACUCUCUCAUCGACGCUUAUGCAAAAUGUGGAUGCAUCCAAAGCUCGUUGAAGUUUUUCAUGGACGUUCCAAACGAAAGAAAGAAUCUUGUCUCAUGGACAACUAUGAUCUCCGCCUUUGCGAUGCACGGAAUGGGAAAAGAAGCCGUCAGUAUGUUCAAAGACAUGGAGAGAAUGGGUCUGAAACCAAACAGAGUGACCAUGAUCAGUGUUUUAAACGCUUGCAGCCACGGAGGGUUAGCAGAAGAGGAGUUUCUAGAGUUUUUCAACAAGAUGGUAAGCAAGUACAAGAUCACGCCGGAUGUGAAGCACUAUGGAUGUCUAGUAGAUAUGCUGAGAAGAAAAGGAAGAUUAGAAGAAGCGGAGAGGAUCGCUUUGGAGAUUCCGUCUGACCAAAAGGCAGUGGUUUGGAGAAUGCUGCUUGGAGCUUGUAGCGUUUAUGAUGAUCCUGAGAUGGCGGAGAGGGUUACUAAGAAGCUGAUGGAGUUGGAGAGAAGUCAUGGAGGUGACUAUGUGCUUAUGUCUAACAUCUUUUGUGGUACUGGAAGAUUCACAGAUGGUGAGAGGUUUCGGAAACUGAUGGAUGUUAGAGGUGUAGCUAAACUUCCAGGGCAUUCACAGUUGACAUAGUAGAACUUAUAAGAGUCUUGUAAUUAAGACUCCAACCUUCAUUGUGUUCGACCAGGUUGGUUCAAUAAUCUGGUUUAAUAUAUUUUUAGUGUAUAAAUUUAAAAGUAAUAUUAGUAAA